GACCCGGAAAAGGCGCGUGCUCAAUAUUAAUACAUCAUUAUAUAUGUAGAUCAUUUAAGUGUUUAUGAUUUAGAUAUUAAAGUAUAAUUAUUAAAACAUGGAUUAUUCACCUACAAAGAAGAGGAGCGGACUUCCGCGGGAAGUGUGGAAAUGGCUGCAGAGUCUCGAGCUCUCUAUUUCACCUAAAAACAUCCGGAGAGAUUUCUCUAACGGUUGUCUGGUGGCAGAGAUUUUUUCCUGGUAUUUCCCUGAGGAUGUCUCUCUACACUCGUACCUUAACGGAGUGUCGCUCGGCACCAAGCAGAGCAACUGGAGUCAGAUCGAGAAGGUGCUGGUGAAGCGGCGCAUCAGUUUAUUAAAGGAGUUGAUUAAUGGUACGAUUCACUGCAAACCAGGAGCAGCCGAGGCUUUAAUUCAGGAGAUUUACACAUUACUGACCAACAGGAGGAUCCAGAGUGUCCAGGAGGAGGUGCUAGACUUCAGCGAUCAGAGUUACCAGGAGCAGCUGCCCAUGACAGCUCGAGCCACGGCGUCUAAAGCCAUAAAAAACAACCAGAAUCUGAGUGAGGAGCUUGUGGAGCACAACAUCAACACCAAACAGAGGAAAAUCCACAACAUCAUCCACCGGCAUGUGGACCUCCGGAGAGAGGAGAGGGUCCAGAACCCCCAGCGCUUUAACGUGAAGCCCACGCUGGGAGAGCAGGCUGUCCGACUACCGCCAUCACACACUCACACGCCACCACCAUCUCCAUCAUCAUCAUUAUCAUCAUCCUCAUCAUCAUCACCUCAUGGUGACUGAUUGGAGUCGCAUCACAGGGAUCAGAUUCUAUCUCCAGCUCUGACUUUGGAAAUAAAAAGCUUUUAGUAAACGACAAUUAAGUAAUAAAGAUAUUUACUGUAUUUGUAAUCAGACCGAACGUACACAGACUUCACAGCAAAUCAGCCUCCAGUCUGACUCAUGAGGAGUGUGUAAUGAGACAUAAUGAUUUAUGCUUCCAUUAUGUGUUAGUUACAAUCGCCUCGUAGCCCCAAGACAAAUAAUAAACAAGGUUUAGCAAAUGGACGACGUUUAAAGGAAACGGAACUGAUGGAACAGCCGAGUUAUCUGAUUAACGUGUGAACAAUCAUUAAAUAAUUAAUUAACAUGUUUAGGUGUUUAUUACUGUAGGCAUACACAUAUAUUCAUAAAAAAAAUUUACACAGCCUGGAAACAGUAGGAAAAAAAAUGAAACCUGACGAUUUUAUUGUUUAAAUUGUAUGUUUUGGGCAAAGCUUCACCCCAGCUGUGUAAACUGCAGUCAGUAAUACAGCACAGUGGAGUUACUUAUAAUGUUAUAUCGUGGAAUUAUACGUCAAUCAAUUAAUCAAUUAAUCUUCGAUCAACCAUGUU